GACACGAAAUGAGUAUGGCGCUAGAGUAGCUUUUAAUUUUUCAAAGAAAAACAUGAAAUUUUCAAUUAAAAAUACUUUUUCAGUGUAAAAUGUCUGGGAGAAAACGAUAACUGUUGAUAUUAAAUGGCUUUGUUAACAUAAUUUAACAAAAAGAAACAUAAAUAUUACUCAAUUUUACUCGCCUAACCUUAGAUAAUGUAAAAUGUGUGCCGGACUAAACAUUCUAAAAAUCGUGAGUUUUCAAGCACAACGCAGAUAUUUUUCGCAAAAAACUAAAGGGUAUUUAUUCAGUAUGAAUAAAGCUUAUUUGAGGCAGUGCGACGACGGUCAGCAUUUCGAAUUCACCUUCGAGUAUAAACAAGAAGAACCUACAGUAAAGAGGGUGUUUAAUUUUUCAAGGAAACUCUCAGAAGACGUAGACACAUUCUUAACUCGGGUUUCUAGCAGUGUAGAAAAAGUUGUUUCGAAGAAAAAGAAAAGAAAGAAAUCACCUGAGGUCCCAACAGAGUCUUCUCCAAGUAUAGAAACAUUACUGGUACAGGACAAUAUUGAAAUUCCAAGAAGUAAUGUAUGCGGAGAUAUUUUUUUACCUCACACCAAGCUAGUUCUGUGUAUUAACGAGAAGAAAUAUAACAUUGUUGUAAACUCACCUUGGAUUGAAUCCCUUGAGUUACCAGAUUCAAUCAUUGCUGACUUUCCAGUUUACCCAAUCAAAUUGGAGACUCAGUUUACCAACAAAGAACUCAGUGAAUUUUUAUGGUAUAAAUCAACAGACAAAACUAAUUGGACCCAAGUAGGAAACGAUUACAUUUACAUACCUAACAAUUCAGAUAUUAAUCACUAUCUAAAACUAACUUGCACCCCCAAAAAUGAAGACAGUGAUGGACCUAUAGUCGAAAGCGUAAGUUCCUGUCAAAUUCAAGCAGGACCUGGUGAAUGUCCCUUUCAGAGAAGACAUGCAUUUACCAAACAAAGAGCAACAGGAAAAGAGUUUCGUGUCAUGACUUAUAAUUUAUUAGCAAAUUUAUACUGUGAUUCUGAUUAUACUAGGGAAGUUUUAUUCCCUUACUGUCCACCUUAUGCAUUAAAUAUUAAUUAUAGAAAGCAGUUAUUUAUGAAGGAAAUUAUAGGUUAUAAUUCGGAUAUAAUUUGCUUGCAAGAGGUGGACAAAAAGGUAUUUACUUAUGAUCUUGAACCAACAUUGUCACAUUAUAAUUAUAGUGGAUCUCUUACCUUAAAAGGCAAUGAAGUAGCCGAAGGAUUAGCAUUUUUCUACAAUAAUCAAAGAUUCGUUCACUUAGACUACGAAAAAUUUGUGUUUUCAGAGAGAUUAGACAAAGAACCAGUUUUUGCAGAUAUCUGUAAUAAAAUAUCUGAGAAUUCUAAACUUCUCGAUAGAAUAAAAGCGAGAAGUACCACUUUACAAGUGAACGUCUUAGGUUCUUUGGAACAUGAUGAAAUUCUUCUUGUAGCUAACAUUCAUCUGUAUUUCCAUCCUGAUUCUGAUCAUAUCAGGCUAAUUCACGGAUGCUUGGCUAUAAAAUACUUGGAAAAUAUGGCUGCAAAGUUGCGGGAAAGGUAUUUGGGGAAAAGGGUGUCUCUGAUAUUCUGUGGAGACUUCAAUAGUGUUCCUAGCUGUGGUAUUUACAAGUUAUUUACUUCAGGUUUUGUACCAGGGAACUUUGUAGAUUACAGUAGCAAUGAAGAAGAAAAGAUUGAAAACAUAGACGUGCAUCAAAGUUUUAAACUAGGAAGCGCAUGUGGUACCCCAAAGUAUACGAACUUUACUGUACUUUUUGCCGACUGUUUGGACUAUAUUUACUACGAUAAAUCGUCGUUAGAAGUGCGGCAAGUGGUUCCUCUACCAAGUGACGAAGAAUUAAUGCAAAAUAGCGCCAUUCCAAGCGUGGUGUUCCCUUCUGAUCACAUUGCUUUAGUUUCAGAUUUAAAAUGGAUAGAAAACUAAUAAAAAACUUAGGAAAUUGUUUUAAAAUUUGAA